AUGGAGCUCACCAUGGAGAACCUUCACAGCGUCUCCUCGCACUCCCAGGCGGGAGACCUCAUGAGCUCUCCGCACGCGCGGCCGUCGCCGUCCCCCAGCUCCGCUUCCCGGAAUCUGGUCUCACACGCUCCCGGCGCGCGGACAGCCAUGGUCUCCGGCAUGGCCUCGCUCCUUGAGAACUCCGGUGGGGACUACCGGACGGACCCGUCCGCGCUGUCCGGACACCUGCACCCGUCCAUCAGCAUGUGCGAGACCGGGAUGAGCCUUAGUAACACAUACACCACGCUGACCCCUCUGCAGCAUCUACCUCCGAUAUCCACCGUCUCGGAUAAGUUUUCCCACCCGCACACUCACCACCAUGCUGCCGCCCAUCAACGACUCUCCGCCGGGAACGUCAGCGGCAGCUUCACGCUGAUGCGGGACGACCACCGGGGGCUCGCCUCCAUGGGCAAUCUGUACAGUCACUACCCCAAAGAGAUGUCCGUGUCCGGUAUGGGCCACGGCUCGCUCUCCCCGCUGUCCAGCGGUCUGGGUUCUUUGCACAACUCCCAGCAGCCGCUGUCAGCCUACGGUCCAAGCGCACACCUCUCCACGGAAGCCAAGAUGCUCUCUCCGGUGUCAGGGUUUGAGUCCCACGCCUCCAUGCUGUCCCGAAGUGACCAAGAGCACCUGGCCAGGAGUUUAGGGGGUCACGGCCACGGUAUGAUCUCCAACCUCAAUGGCAUGCACCACCACCCGCACAGUCACCUCCACUCCCAGGCGAACGGCGCGGUAAUGCUGGGGGGCCGUGAGAGGCACGGCCACGGAGCCGGGCAGGGAGUAGCAGGGUCAGGCAUGCAGGCAGAGGAAAUCAACACAAAGGAAGUGGCUCAGCGGAUAACGGCCGAGUUAAAACGGUACUCCAUCCCGCAGGCCAUAUUCGCCCAGAGGAUCUUGAGCCGAUCGCAGGGAACCCUGUCAGACCUGCUACGGAACCCCAAACCCUGGAGUAAGCUCAAGUCAGGCCGGGAGACCUUCAGGAGGAUGUGGAAGUGGCUGCAGGAGCCCGAGUUUCAACGGAUGUCUGCUCUACGGCUGGCCGCAUGUAAACGUAAGGAGGAGGACCGAGGACGGGACCGCAACCAGGUGCCAAAGAAGCAGCGACUGGUCUUCACCGACCUGCAGCGUCGCACUUUGGUAGCCAUCUUCAGAGAGAACCGCCGCCCCUCCAAGGAGAUGCAGAUCACCAUCUCCCAGCAGCUGGGCCUCGAGCUCUCCACCGUCUCCAACUUCUUUAUGAACUCACGCCGCCGCUGUACGGACCGCUGGGACACAGAGGAGCACAAUCACGGGGUGCAUGGCCACGUGCACACUCCUCAUGGAAACAGCAACAACAACAACAACAACUCACCGAUCCAACCUGGUACCUCCUGUGCAGCCACUUUCUCUAAGGCCUGACGGUGGCAGGACGGAUGGUUGAACAGAUGCAUGGAGGAUGGAGGCGGGGGGGGGUGUUUUUCACUAAAGCGCUCCUGCAGAGCUACAGGGUGUUUAGCUUCAGACCACUCAUCUGAUUCAUCUGCUCAGAGUGCUGAUGACUUGUGCAGAUGAAUCAGAUCUUCUCAAUGCUCCAUGUGUUUUCUUUCAAUCUGAAUGUUACUCUUAGGGGUUAACACGCAUUUCAAAUUGUGGUUCUUCAAACCAAAGAUCCAGUAGCUUUAAGAGAGGUGCCCUGAAACAACCACACAGUGGCUCUGAGUAAAUCCAACUGAAAACCAAAGGAAAUCCAUCUACACUAAACCGCACUGUGGGUCUGUGUUGAAGCCUUGAAAGGGGGAGGUUUUGCUUUAGGAUCCUCUGCUGAUUGUCAGGAUGUAAACACACCAAAGAAUCACUCAUGACAGGGAACAGAUAGCUUUAAGACAGGAAAACCUUGAGCAGCCGCUCGUUGGUCUUCCCAAAUCAGCCAGAAAUCAGACAGUGGAUGUGUCUGCCGGGCCGUGAUCGACCACUCCUCAUUUCAGUUACAGACACUGAGGCUGAUUGAGAGGUACGCUUGUGUGUCAAGUGUCUGUUAGAUGCUCUCGGCAGGUCCUUUGACCCGCUAACCACAUACCACUUUUCGCGGCUCUGCGUCACUGCAGGCGUGUGUGUACGUGUGCGUAAUGUUCACAUGCUUCGGGUUGCUUCUGGGGGUGUAAUUCCUCUGCAGUGAUUCGGUCCUGCUCCACGUCAGAGUAACAGUGCCACCUGCUGUCCAUUAAAACCACAUCUAAACAAGUUCGAGCAUGUAGGUGCACCUCAGUUGUCCAGCAGGCCUACCUCAACACAGUGUAGCCUGCAUUGUAGAUUUCUAUUAGGAUAAAGAUACCAAUACUCUAUAUAAGCAGGAGUGUAGACCCUGCAAACAGCAAACAAACUGAGACACAAUGAUAAGACAUGAUUACUCACAAUACCCUUUGAUACACAUUUGAAUGUUUGUUUCUUAAGACUCGUUGUACGGCAACAUGGCCAUAGACUGUGUAGCCACUUGAGAGGUUAUUUUCAGGUUAAAAAAAAGGAGAACAAUCAAACAGGGAUGACACUCCCCACAUUUAAAAAGUGUCAUGCUC